AUGCACACCUGAAAAACCUCCUUUCAUACACUGACUUUCAUGAGCAGAGUGGCACUUCGAUAUCAGCCUUGUUUGAGUUUUGCGUGUAUUGACAUGUGUGUGACACUUCCAUAUUUUUUCUUAUGUUCCCUGAUGCUGCGAAUGGCUGAUGCAGAACUAGACUACGUCUCUCAGGGAGGAGGACUAUAUCUUCAGGGAGACUUUUCCAUUGCUGGACUCUUUCCUCUCCAUGACACAAAUGGCCCAAGUGCUGGUUUGCCCGCUCUGCGUCCAUGUAAUGAAGGCCGCCACAACAAGCAUGGCUACCACAUGAUGCAAGCCAUGCGAUUUGCAAUAGAAGAAAUCAACAACAAGACGGGCAAACAUCUCUUGCCAGGAAUCUCACUGGGCUACCAGGUGUACGACAUUUGCUCUGUUUCGGCCAGUGUGCUGGCCACCCUGGACAUACUGGCCGAUCAGCACCGUGGCCCUGCUGCCAGCACGGAACCAACCUUUGCCAACAUGACUGUGGCCGUCAUCGGGCCCGACAGUAGCAGCAAAACCUUUACUCCUGCCGCUCUACUGGGAGCCUACCUCAUACCACAAAUUUCCUAUGAAGCGACCAACAAAAAGUUGAGCAACAAGGUCCUCUACCCAUCGUUUUUCCGCACAAUUCCCAGCGACAAGAAUCAGGUGGAGGCAAUAAUCCAGCUGUUAGUUCGUUUUAACUGGACCUGGAUCGCUUUGUUGGGCAGCGACAACGAUUACGGCCUGGACGGCAUGCAGAGCCUGUCCCAGCUGGCCCCGGCCCACGGCAUCUGCGUGGCCUACCAGGGCAUCAUCCCAACCUACAGCAGUGAGACAGCCCACUUGAUGAAGAGCAUGGUGAAGGGCAUACUGAGAGCAAAGGUCAACACCAUUGUGCUCUUCUCCAGUAAAUCCAAACUCAGCGGCUUCUUCCCUUUUGUUAUCGAGGCCAACGUGACAGGUAAGGUGUGGAUUGGCACGGAGGACUGGUCAGCGGCCACGCGAGUUUCCGGGAUCGCCGGGAUCCACAACGUGGAACUGUGCUCGGUGUGGUCAUCAGGACGCGGCCAUAACUGGCUUUAACGCCUUGAGAGGAGCGUCAUGGACGCGUCGCUGCAUUACGGCGACCUUCAGAUGGGUUCAGGCGUCGCCAUCGGUGUUUGUCUGCAGAGCGCCGACAUGUUCAGCCUGGCCAGGAAUAACUUCACUUUGGAGAAGUAUGACAUCACCUCCUCCUUCAAUGUAUACAAGGCAGUGUAUGCUGUUGCCCAUGCUCUUCACCGAGCUCUUCAAUGCGACUCUGGAUUGUGCCGAAAAAGGAGGAUGCAUCCUUGGCAGCUCCUGCCCAUGCUCAAAGACACGAGAUUCUCUCUGGAAAACACCUCAGUGUACUUUGAUGCAAACGGAGACCCUCCCACCGGAUAUGAUAUAGUGACGUGGAUUUGGAGAGGGACGGAGUGGUCCCUCCGGGUGGUGGGCUCCUUCAAACCAGAUCCCGUCCAGCUAACACUUGAUGAAGCAGCCAUCGAGUGGCACAGCACUGGGGCGACAUCCAUAUCAGUGCCCUCGUCCAUCUGCUCUCCGCCUUGUCCGAAAGGCCACAGGAAGGUGAUGAGAGGUCAACACGCCUGUUGCUUUGACUGCCAGGCCUGUCCAUUUGGCACCUUCCUCAACAUAAGUGAAUGCAUUAUUUGCCAGCCGUGUUCAAGCGACCAGUGGGCCCCCUGCUAGCAGCGAGCAAUGUCUGAUCGGAGGGUUCUGCUUCUGGCCUGGGACGCCCCCCUGGCCGUAGCACUGCUCUUCUUCCUGGUCUGCUGCCUCCUUCUGACCUCCAGCUCGGCAGCCAUCCUCCUGCUGCACCUCCACACUCCCGUGGCCAAGUCAGCCGGGGGGCGCACUUGUCUGGUGAUGCUGGCCGCCCUGACCGCCGCCGCCUUGAGCUCUCUGUGCCAUUUUGGUCCCCCGUCCCGCAUGUCCUGCAUCCUCAAGCAGCCGCUUUUCACGUUCAGCUUCAGCAUGUGUCUUGCCUGCAUCACCGUGCGCUCCCUGCAGGUGGUCUGCAUUUUCAAGCUCGCCUCCAAGCUUCCACCGGCCUAUGACAAGUGGGCCAAAAAACAAGGGCCUGAGGUGACCAUUGUCAUCGUCUCGGCCAUUGCUCUGUUCAUAUCUGUGACCCGCGUGGCUUUUGACCCACCGGAACCGUCACAGGAUGUGGACUUCUACAAGGACAGGAUUGUCCUGGAGUGCAGCAAUACCGUGUCGUUCGGCGCAGGCGUAGAGCUGGGGUACAUGUCACUCCUCAGCGUAGUCUGCUUCUCCUUCAGCUACAUGGGCAAAGACCUGCCGGCCAACUACAACGAGGCCAAGUGCGUCACCUUCAGCCUCAUGGUCUACCUCGUCUCCUGGAUCAGCUUCUUCACCGUCUACCUUGUCCUCAGAGGGCCCUUCACCAUGGCCGCGCACGUCUUUGCCAUUCUCUUCAGUGUUCUGGCCGUUCUUUGGGGCUACUUCCUGCCCAAGCUCUACAUCAUCGUACUGAGGCCGCAAAUGAACACCACUGCUCAUUUCCAGAACUGCAUUCAGAUGUACACCAUGAGCAAGCAGUAACUGAGUCUUCAAUGCACCUGAGGCCCGCAGCAAAGCGAGCCACGCGGCUGAACGAGACGAAAGUCGACCAUCGUACAAUCGGCGACUCAUCCGUCGUACUCACUGCAACCAAAAACCUCUGACCCCUCAUGUGGAACAAAACAUGUAAACAGAUAAUAUAACAAUAAGCACAGAAAUACAUUCUUUAUCCUCUGCAAAAGAUCACAACUAUUACACCAGAAAGAGCAGCACAAUGUACAAAUUGAAUACUGUGACAAAAACUGUUUAAUUUCUUUUGAAUCAAACUUGUAUGUCAAGAUAUCACUGUAUUAUCAACAUCUUAAAUAAGUGUAUACCACUCCAUAAUUAUUUUUUUAGAAUGAUUCUUUCUUAGCAGAGUCAAUCAAAACAAUCCAAUUUCUAUUUUCAGUGGUAGAGGAUGCAAAACCACA